AGAGGAAGGGCUUUUAAGGGGGUGAAGAAAAGGGUGAAGUUCCCAGGUCACGUGGUAUGUGGCGUGUGGCGUUCCGUGACCUGUAUCCCUCACAGUGGGAGUGCCUUAAAAAUUCUGACGGCCAAUAUCAUAUCUCUGGUGCGCCUUAUCCUUGCGCCCAUCUCCUCACAUCUAUUUACUUUCCUUGCCUGACAGAUGCAUUGGGUCUCAUGACUGGUCGAUGGCAUUCCCAGCCAUAUUACGGCGACAAUGGAGCGACAUACGGAUUCUAUUCGCAAAUCUGCUUGCUCCCAAACUCUGACCUAGGAGUGGUCAUCCUGACAAAUAGUGGUCCGAGCCGGUGCUUCUUGGAGCGUGUUUGUACCUACGUAUUUGAAAGUUUGUUGAGGCCCGGCAGCCACCCUGCCUCAUCCUACACAUGCAAAACCGGCUCAGCCACAACACCAACGCCUCAGCCUCACCGUACCGGUACAACCAGGCUGCCCAUGUCCGCGUACCAAGGAACUUACCAUUCGCAUGGAUACGGCAAUCUGACCCUGGCUCUUCAAGACGACACACUCCUUCUCUCUAUUGGACAGUACCUUCCGCAACUACAGACCUCCAUCACCCCGAUCGGUCUUGAUACAUUCUUCGUCCCCGUAACCGGGCUCAACGCAACUGUAGCGAUGAAAGAUGAUGGAGUCCUCGGGAUCCAUUUGCAGAUGGAGAUGGAGAUGCUGAAGGAUUGCCGGGAUCCGUUUGCUGGGAUGGGCUGUGCCGAGUGGUUUGAAAAGGUCGCUUAGAGAGUGAGCGGUUAGAAACCGGACUUCUAGAAUGUAGACUUGCAGUGGAAACUUGGCGUAUGUAGCUGAACAAUAUCAUUCGGCCUCAACCAGACAGUUCGACCAGCAAAUUAUUCGAACAUGAUUCUAGCGAACGGGGACGGAGGGGCUUGUGGGCGAGAACUCACUUUCCGGCCAGUAGUUUCGUGUGAGAGAUCUUCUUCGAUAGGCGACUCUAUAAUUAUCGCGUGACGACUUUUAGAGGCCGUCUGACCCAUGCCCGUCGGCACUGUGUGGGGUCAACUUGCUAGG